AUGUGGGGCUAUUUCUUCGGAACUUCCAAACAACAGAAAGAACUGCCUAAGAAGGCGAUUGUCGACCUUAGAGAACAUAUCCAACUAUUGAAUAAGAAACAGGCGCAUUUGCAAACACAGAUAGAUCAGCAGCAACAACUUGCAAAGAAAAGUCUUCAAUCUGGUAAUAAGAAUAAUGCGAAGACUUAUUUGAAGAAGAAGAAGCUUUAUGAAUCACAGCUUGACAAACUACAAUCACAGAUAGAUUCUUUGGAUCAACAACUUUACUCGAUAGAAAAUGCUAAUUUGAAUUUGGAAACUUUGAAGGCAAUGAAACAAGGUGCAUCUGCAAUGAAAAAUAUCCAUAAGGGGCUAGAUCUAGAUAAAGUGGAUGAUACUAUGGAUGAAAUCAGAGAACAAGUUGAACUAAACCAAGAAAUCAGCGAGGCUAUUUCUAAACCGUUGAUAUUACAAGAUGAGUUGGACGAGGACGAAUUAGACCAGGAGUUGGAACUGCUAGAAUCGGAAAACUUGCAAAAGGAACACAUUGCCCCUGUACCUCAGCAACAAAUACAACAACCUUCAAUAGACUUACCGUCUGUACCCGACGUCAAAUUAUCUACUCCAGAACUUAAUAGUGCCCAAGCAGAUGAGGAAGACGAAGAAGAGGAUGAAGAUGAACGUGCAUUAAGAGAACUACAAGCUGAAAUGGGAUUGUAG